AUGUUUCGUACAAUUCGUAUUCAUUGGAAAAAAUCAUUAUUUGCUUUUUGUGCUUUAUCCUAUGGUUCGAAAUGGUCGUAUGAUCGUUAUCAAGCAAAUAAAAUUCGUGCAUUUUAUUGUCGACAAGCAUCAUUAUUAGGUGCUCAAAAUAUUCCAUCAAUGAAUCGUUUAACUCGUAUUGCUGUUUUACUUAAUGGAAAAGCAAUGAAUGGUAAAGCGAAAUCAUUAUAUGAUAAAACAAUAUUUCCCUUAUUACAUUUAAUUGGACUUGAUGUACGUGUUUAUCGUUUGGAUACAAUUACAGAUACAGAUGGUAUGACUGAUUUAUUAACAAAUAAGAUUGAACCAAAUGAAUUAAGUGCAUUAAUGAUUGUUGGUGGUGAUGGAACAAUAAGUGAAUUAGCACCACAUUUUUUUCAAUCAACUGUUUUAGAAAAUUUACCAAUUUGUAUUGUACCAAUAGGUGAACAUGUUUCAUUUGCACGUAGUUUAUUUCCAGUCACAGAUAAAAAAAAACUUCAUGAUGAUAUUAGUUUACUUUGUGAAUCGGUUUUUGCUUUAUUUAAUGGAAAAGUUAUUACAAAACCUUUAUUAAAAAUUACUAUGCCUGAUACGAAUGAUAAACCAAUUUAUGCAAGUACAUUAGAUUUCGGUCAUUAUACUCGUCUUGAACAACUUCAAAAACGUUUAUGGUAUUUUAGUUAUUUAAAAUAUCCUAUAUCAUCAAUCUAUCAUUUCCUAACAACUUCUGUAAAAUCAGUUUCAUCAUCUGAACAACCCGCUAUUACAUAUUCUAAUCCAUGUUCUGGUUGUUUACGAUGUCAACCAUCAUUAAUGGAUGAAUAUAAUUUAUCACAACAACAACAAAAAGAACACAAACCUAGUUUCUUCUCUCGUAUAUAUCAAUCAAAACAUUCAAAUAUAAAAACAGUUAAACCUCAAUUAUCACUACCCAUAGAAAAUCCUGAUUGUGGUAUUGAAUAUUGUAUGAAUCCAACUAAACAACCGAUACAAAUAUGGGCAAAAUUAAAUAAUAACGAACAUAAUAUACAAGUUGAUAUAAGUGAUACAUUAGAACGUUUUAAUUAUGAUAAAGAAAAAUAUCCAAAACAAUCAAUGAAUGUUCAACAUAUUCGAUUUAAUCCAAAUAUUGAUUUAAUACCAAAACAAAUGUUAAUUAAUCAUGAUAAAUUUAAAGAAAAUGAAGAAAAGAAAUAUCCUAGUGAAUGUCAAAUUGAAUUAAGUGAAAAAACAUUAAAAUUUAUUGAAAUAAAUCAAGAUUUAUUAUUAACAAAACAAUCAACAUUAAAAUCAACAAUUCAUGAACUAGAAGAAGACGCUCUUGAGAAGAAGGGUAUUUUUCUAUUUUCUCGUCGUCAUCAGCAACAACAACAUGCAUAA